ACGUCACGCCGGCUCGUCGCCUCUGUGUUUAUUAUGUGGUUUUUCAGGAGCAGCUGCUAACUAGCAUUUUAGCCUCGUCUUCAAACAUGCACUGAUCCAUUCCGCUGGCAGGUUUGAAGGACAGAGAUGGCAGUGUGUGCACUGACCAUGCUGGAUGGGAUGGAGGAGGAGGUGACGGCAGCAGGCGGCGUGUUGCUCCUGGUCCUGGCUCUCGCCUUCGCUUGGCUCUCAACCCAUGUGGCCGACCGGGGAGACCACAUACUGGGCACCAUCCUCACUGUGGGAGCUCACGCCUCUCUGAUCGGACUCGGAGGCCACGACAGCUACAGCGUAGGAUCGCCCAACGCCGACAACCCGGAACAGCAGACUCCCCCACCUUCUCAGGAGAACAAGCCGGAUAACAGUGAGCCAUCGUGUGAGAGGGGGGAAGGGGAUGGGACCGGGGAGGCAGCUGAGGGUGUUAGGACUGAUCUCCUGCUGGACAUACAAAGCAAACAACCACAAGCUAGAAGACUGCAUGCUUCAGAUGACGAGGAGGAGGAUGAGGAGGAGGAGGAGGAGGAGGAGGAGGAGGAGGAUGAGGAGGAGGAAGAUGAAAAGAUUAUCAAGCAUAUCCCUGUGUUGUCCAGCAUCAUCUCUCCCCCCACCAACACUGUCACUUCCAUCUCUGUCCGCCUGAAGUAUUUAAAUGACACAGAGGAGGUAGCGGUUGUCGAACCACAGGAUACGGUGGGAGUACUGAAAAGUAAAUACUUCUCAGGUCGGGAGCAUCUAAUCAAACUGAUCUACCAAGGCCAGUUGCUGCAGGAUCCCAAGAAGACGCUCCUCGCCCUAAACAUCAAACACAACAGCGUGAUCCACUGCCACAUCUCCCAGGCCCUGCACGAGGCGACACCCGAGGAAGGGGCUCAGUCCGGGUCCGGAGCAGGAGUCGGCUCUGGGGUCUCUGGAGGAUUCAGGGCCGCUGGUGUGGCCAUCAGCACCAGCAGCCUGGUGGUGCCCGUGUUUGUGGUGAUACUGGCCGUGGUGUGGUACUUUCGCAUCAACUACAGGCAGUUCUUCACCGCCCCUGCGACCAUCUCCCUCGUGGGAGUCACUGUGUUCUUCAGCUUUCUGAUAUUUGGGAUGCACAGCCGCUGAAAAGGCAGCGGACGUGCACACACACACACACACACACACACACACACACACACACACACACACACACACACACACACACACACACACACACACACACACACACAUCCGAAUGUUGUGAGGUAAAGUAAAGAUAAUUGCUGCAGUGGGCGCCGCCUGGAGAGAUUGGACCAAUCACAACGGGGCUCUGUGCAGAUGCCACAGCUGAUUGGAUGAGAGGCUAGGUGGGCUCGUCUGCACAUGAACCAAGAUUAAAGAAAAUGCGCGAUUGUACAGUAUAUGUUGAGUUAACAAUAAUCCGCAGUGAGUAAAGUUCAGCUGCAAUUGAACUUUUACUUUAGCUCCUCUCCAAACACGACUUAAACACUAUGUUUAAACACUCGGCUUUAUUCAUGUCUGCUCUUUUAUUGUUGCAAAAGAGUCAUGUUUUCUUGUUCGUCUUUGUUUUUUAAGGCCACUGUUUGUGUAAAAAAAAUAUAUAUAGUUAACUUUAUAGAUGCCAGAAUCUGAAAUAUUUUGGAACCACUUGUGCUGUGUUUUUAAGUACCAUUAUUUUGUGUCAUAUGAAUGAGUCAAGCUCCGUUUAAGCAAAUGUGGACUGUACAGCUGCCUCUUUACCAGGCUGUAAAUCUCCAAUAGUUUUGUUGCUCAAAAACUGUUGCUAUGUAGAAAUAGGCUAAUUUAAAUAAUCACUAGACAAUUUGAGAAUAUAUUGUAAAUACAUUGUGUAUUUUCUGUAAAUAAAAUGAUAGAAUGAAUCAGAUGAACCUGCAUCUGGCACUUAAAAGAUUUGGAGGGGGACGUUAAAACCCUCCUGAUUAUGCUGGACUGCUCUGGCUUCAGUGAUGUCUCAAAUUAAAGCAUUUCAAACCAAA